CCCCCGGCGUGUGGGCGUGGGCGGCGCGAUGGCGCAGGCGGGGCUCCCCGCAGUCCCCGCCUAGGAAGUGGUUGCCCUGAGCUCCGAGCGGGAGCGCCCAGGGGCCCGAGAGCCAGCUAACCGUCGGAUCCGGUGUGGCAUCCCUCCAGCAGGAGACCACCCGCCCUUAGCCUGGGUUUAGAUGUUCCGAAGGAUUAUUUGAACUCCUGUUCAAAAUGCCAGCUCUGUGGUUGAGGUCUAGGCCUUGUCCAGCUGCAGGAAAACAGUUGACGCUAAGAGGUAUUACUAAAGCACCUUGCUGCCCUUGGCUGAAAAGAGCCACAGGAUGGAGAAAGGUUUUCAUAAAGCUUAUUUAAAGGUAUAAAGCUCAGUGUGGACUCUGGAGAACCACCAGUACAGGAAACCGAUUUACCUCCACUUGAAUUAUUAGUAGGUUCCUCUGUUGACUAGUUGAGACAAAUAUAAAUAUGGCUUUCUACAGUUAUAAUACAGUCUUAGCUAUUGCCCGAACAAGAUUCCCUAGCCAUUUUGUCCGUCCCACCAGCUCUUCUUAUUCCCCAUCAUUUGCAUUUCUUCACUUGCCAGAGUCCCAUUUAAAUAAAACAUACAUGAAGAACUAUGGAAGCAAGAAAUACUCCUGUCCUAAUCAGUCAGGCAAUAAAGUACUUCACUUACGAACUAGAAUAAUACAAAAGCUACACACAUCAACUUGCUGGCUACAAGACAUCCCUGGUAAACCUCAGCCAGAACAAACCCCAAAAAAGCCGCAGGUAACAAACCCUGAGCCCGUGAAAGGAACCGGCAUGAAGAUUAAGGAAGAAAAGCGAUCUUACAGACAAAAAAUUAUGGAUGAACUUAAAUAUUAUUACAAUGGAUUCUAUUUGCUUUGGAUUGACACCAAAGUUGCUGCCAGAAUGGUUUGGAGGCUAUUGCAUGGACAGGUGCUGACCAGAAGAGAGAGACGAAGGCUCUUGAGAACGUGUGCUGAUUUCUUCCGCCUGGUUCCAUUCAUGGUAUUCUUCAUCGUACCUUUCAUGGAACUCUUACUACCAGCAUUUCUGAAAUUCUUCCCAGAUAUGUUACCGUCAACUUUUGAAAGUGAAUCCAAAAAGGAAGAAAAACAGAGAAAGAAAAUGGCUGCAAAGUUGGAACUGGCAAAAUUUCUUCAAGAAACAAUUACAGAAAUGGCAAGGAGGAACAGAGCCAACUUGGGAGACGCCUCUACACAGUUCUCAUCCUACGUCAAACAGGUCCAGACGGGCCACAAGCCCAGUACAAAGGAGAUAGUUCGCUUUUCCAAACUUUUUGAGGAUCAGCUAACCCUGGAGCACCUAGACCGACCUCAGCUGGUCGCCCUGUGCAAACUACUAGAAUUGCAGCCCUUUGGAACCAACAAUUUGCUUCGCUUUCAACUUCUGAUGAAACUGAAGUCUAUAAAAGCAGAUGAUGAAGUAAUUGCCAAAGAAGGGGUGAGUGCUUUGAGUGUGUCAGAACUUCAGGCUGCCUGCAGAGCCCGAGGCAUGAGAUCUCUGGGUCUCACUGAGGAACAGCUGAGACAGCAGCUCACAGAGUGGCAGGACCUCCACCUGAAGGAGAACGUCCCUCCUUCUCUGUUGCUCCUGUCCCGAACCUUCUACCUGAUAGAUGUGAAGCCAAAGCCAAUUGAGAUUCCACUAAGUGCGGAGUCUCCAAAGACGGAUAUUCCUGUGGAACCAGCUACUUCUCCUGAAUCUAAAGAGAACCUGCUGGAUGUAGCGCCUCCACUGAAGGGAACUAAGGAUGAAGAAUUUAUACAACUGCCCCCAGUUACCUCAUCGCCCAUAACGCCACCAUCACCUAUCUCAUUACCUAAAGGACCCGUCCCUUCUGCUAAAGAAGCUACUCUCCAGGCCAAAUCACCAAAGACAACCCAGAACAGCAAGGCUAGUUCAAAAGGAGCGUAAGGCCUACUGCAGGACCAAGCUCACUCUCUCCAGCCCCCUGCUUUCCGCAGUGGCAUCCAUCAAGGCCUGCCCAGCUACGACGAUCCGUGUCUGGUUUGAGCAGAGGAUCAGCCAUUUCGUCCUUGGGGCCUUGUAACCAUUCCAGAUGAUGUCAGCAGUGAGACCAAGUUCAGACCGUUUAGAAAUAUAAUCGCAAAGCCAACUUCCUCUGUACCAUUAUGUCAUCCCACUAAACUUUGUGUUAAAGCCCCCUCCCCAUGUUAUUUUUGAACAGCUAGAUAUUUGUGUGCAUGUCCUCCACGGGAGGAAAUUUUUUGCAUAAUGGAAUCAGCCUGGCACCUUAGACAGCUCUCGGGAGAACCUGGAAACCCCAAAACCAUUGUACGCCCACCUAACCUUUCCAGUGACCCAUCAGUAUGAACAGUGCCCUGGAAACAGAGCACCUUAUGAAGUGGAACGGACAUACUCCCUGGUAAAGUCCUUCUGGAUAUAAAGAAGAAAAAGCUCUUUGGAGACAAAAAUGGGGAGUUAUACAGACUGGCAAUCAAAAAGGCUUGGCUGCUGCUUGGCUAUUCUGAGACGCCCCCUCCGGGGCCUGCAGAGGCUCCGAGAAUCUGGGAGGCUGCCACCACUCCUGCACAUGUGGCUUUCAUUAGCCACCAUUUUGCCAGGAAACAUAAUUAAGGGUUUAAGACUUAACCAUUUGUCUGUGCUGGGUGGAUGUUUUUUCUAGUCUGUUUGUCUUUCACAAACAAGGCUAUUUGUUAGUCAUAGGGGUUGUUAAAGUCUGAUAUAAUCCCUGCGCUACCCAGUAACGAGUGUUACGUUCAGAUAUUUACGUUCGAUGUGUUCAGUAUUGUUAAUACUGGAAAAAAAAAAAUCGGAAAACACUUAACAUAAUAGAUUGCCACGCAGCUGACCCAACAGCUUUCUUCCCUCAGGGAGUGCUUAGAAAGAAAAGAUAUUUUGGCCUGUGGGUGAUGAAAUUAGUUUUCUUUGCUUGCUGUGAAAUUGAAAGCGGUUAGAUGGGAGUCAAUUAAACCAAGUAAAACGCAAAUCUCCCUCUCUGGGAUCCCUCCCUAAGUGAGGGCUGUCAUCAGCACUUCACAGAAAAGGUAUGUACUUUACAAUGCUUUUCAAGCCUCCUCUCCACCAGAGGAGAAGUCCCACCAUGGCCUGCUAAAUGAUGAGUCCCUACUAUGCACAUUCCAUGGAUCUUGCUAUUGGCCUAGUGAAUUGGCCCAGUAAGGUGAUUCACAAUAAACUAUCCCAUUUUCAAAA